UGUUACAGAUGUGGAUCUUUAAGGAAGUAGCUACUGUCCUUUAUUGUACAGUGAUCGACCACUGGGUGUUACUGCUUUGCAAUAUGGACAUACAGUUCCUUCAUUUCACAAUGAUUUAAGAUCCUUAUUCAAAUAGGCCCAUAAGAGAGAUGCAAUUUCUUGAUGACCAGAUCCUGACCAGCCUUCUCACUACUUAACAUUGCUGAAUUCCGUUUUGAAAUCUCACUUUAGAUAUAAACCUCUGCAGUUUCUCUGCUGUGAGGUUCUGACUGUAGGCUGACUCCCACUAAGCAAGGGAGUGACCCUGGAUUGAACUUUCUCCCGUCUCUUUCUGUGAUUCUACUAACUUUUUCCAGUAUCUAAUUACCGUUUUUCCUAUGAAGUUUUUUUUCCCUUUGUGUUCGCCACAUUGUAUCAUGAAUUGUGUUAUACAUCCCUAUUGCACAUAACUAUCAUGGUAUUAAAAAAUCACAACACAGCAGAACAAAAAAUCCAAAAAAGUGCAAAUCAAUAAUUUAUUACAUGAAUCGAAUGCUUAUAUUGUGAGCUUUAAAUACCACACUGUACCUUCCACAGUGUUUUCUGUCUUAAUCUGUUUUGCUGGUCUUCCCUUUAAGCCCAUCCUAUUCAGUGCUGUAGGCGUGGUGAGUACUGGAAACAAACAGCAGACUCUUUACUUCCUACAAAACGAUAGCUGGUGUUUGCCAGCUAUCGGACAGGGUUAACUGCUGUCAGUGUGCACUGGCUUGCGCUUCGCACUGAAGGGAUAUACUGUACUACGCGUUCUGUAACCGAGAAGAAGCAUUGUCCAUUGUUCGCUGUCCUGCAGAGUUGGUGGUUUGUUAAAUGGGGAAGCAGAUUGCACCAAAGCGUGUGUGAUAUUGAUAGCACUGCAUUCUCCAUGCCAGCAUGAAGUAAGCAGGACCAGAGAUUGAAGGGGUACAAGUCUCUUGCGCUGAAUGCUGUAACUGGAACCAAGCGCAAACUUCCAGCAUUCUCAUCAGGAUGAGUGGAGGAGAAAUUAUCUGUCAAGGCUGGUUGCGAAAGUCACCACCGGAGAAAAAAUUAAGAAGAUAUGCCUGGAAAAAGCGAUGGUUUAUCCUGCGCAGUGGGAGGAUGAGUGGAGACCCAGAUGUGCUGGAGUACUACAAGAACGAUCACUCCAAGAAGCCAAUUCGGGUCAUUGAUCUGCAUUGCUGUGAGCAGGUGGACGCCGGGCUGACAUUCAACAGGAAGGAUUUCCAGGACAGCUUUGUCUUUGACAUCAAGACCUCCGAUCGCACCUUCUACCUGGUGGCGGAAACAGAGGAUGACAUGAACAAGUGGGUGCGUUGCAUCUGCCAGAUCUGCGGGUUCAACCAGUCCGAGGAAAACAAUGAUUCUGGAAGAUCCAUGACAACAAGUCACAUGCCCCGCUCCAUGCCUGCUGACCUGAGUGGCUCUAUUGCACCGCUGAUUGGACAGCGCAAAUCUUCUGCCCCAUCCCACUCCAGCCAGCCGGUGCUCUUCACCUUUGACGUGCCCGAGCGUCACUCCCACAACACCCUGUCCACCAGCGCCCCCCAGGACUACCUGUUUCUCCACCAGUGUAUGAGCAAGUCCAACGAGGGUGCCAGGAGUGCCAGUUUCUCCCAGGCCACCAGGGGCAAUCUUCUAGUGGGCAGUGAUUCAGCAGUUCAGAAAAUUUCUCAUGGGUUCUCCCACUGCCUUAAUGGAAUGGGUGCCCAGCUUCAUACCUUCUACAGCUUACCCAAGCCUGGCAAGCAGCAACAGUCUUCACUUGGAGACUCCCCACGGGACAGCUCCUAUGACCUGCCUAGGAGUUAUGGUUCGGAGGGGCAUGUGUGUUCCAGUCUGCCAGAACUGGAGCUGGAAGCCGACGAGGUGUACACCUUCAAGACUCCCAACAACGCCCCAGCUGGCCCCCGCAGUGACCGCUCACCUGACAACUGUGACUUCCACGUGUCCGCCAGCUCCUUCUACCACGUCCCGCGGACCUUCGACAAGAACCACAAUGCCCUGGCGCCGGCAGGCUCAGAGUCCCCUGGCCUACCUCCUCCUCGGCCCCCCAAGCCAGGCCACAGCUCAGAGGUCAAGUGGGGAAGCCCAAAGUCAAUGGGAGCUCCCAAUGGAGAGGCGGCCUCUGUGUCUGCCAUCCCUAGGAGAAACACCCUACCAGCGGUGGAGAACAUCAGAUUACACAGAGGCUCGUCUUUUGAAACGAACGACCAUCAUAAACAGGCCAGCCUCGGCAACAACGGCCAGUCUAUGGAGUCAGUCAAUGAUGGUUUCAGCUCUUACCUGAGAACAAAGGCUCGUUCAGACAGUGGGGACUCGGAGGACAAUUAUGUGCAAAUGAACCCGGGCUCUUCCUCUUCGCCCUUCAACUCCUCUCUGGCUGACAGUUCCCAGAAUGUCUACAUCCAGAUGAGCCCCGGGCCUCAUCACUUUGACUUUCCAGGCUUCUCUGCUACCCUGCCGGCCCGGAAAGGCAGCACCGCCUCCCUGUGUCACCGACCGGGGCGGCUCAGUGACAUCACUCCUCCCCCUGUCAACCGUAACCUCAAACCUGACCGCAAGACAAAGCCAACACCGCUGGACUUGAGAAACAAUGCUAUUAUUGACGAGCUCCCAUUCAAGUCCCCUGUCACCAUGUCUUGGACUAGGCCCAUGCCGGUCAUGAACUCGCAGCACUGUCGACCCAUAUCCACACAAAGCAUCACCAGCACGGAUUCGACAGAAAGUGAAGAAAACUACGUUGCAAUGCAAAACCCAGUGUCGACCUCUCCAGCAGUGAGUGGCACGAGCAGCCCUGCACCUAGGAAAAGUGGAAACGUUGACUACCUUGCCUUGGACUUCCAACCGAGUUCCCCCAGUCCACACAGAAAGCCUUCCACGUCCUCUGUCACCUCUGACGAAAAGGUGGAUUACGUGCAGGUCGAUAAGGAGAAGACACAAGCGCUCCAGAAUACCAUGCAGGAAUGGACAGAUGUCCGCCAGUCAACAGAGCCGGCCAAGGGGGUCAAGUCUUGACAGUAAACUACAGCUAAAGUGAAAGAUACAGCUGUUGCUGGAAUAUGACACAAUGUCACAAUGUUCUCACUUCAAAUAAACAUCCAUGUUGCCAUGA